AUGGUGUGCAGAAACGGCAAUGCCUCCUCACAAUUUAGCGUCUCCUCCAUACAGCAGGAACGUGAGCUGCCGCAGCAACAGCAACAGCGGCAGCAGCAACAACAGGCCGCACUGUUUGGUUUGGAGCACCUUAUGACGGCCACGUAUCCGCCACCUAGCUUCGAGCCGAGCCGCACAGUGCUGCUGCGACGCAAGGUCGACGUCAUUAACUGCAUCACCAAGCGAAUUCGGCGUAUCAGUGAGGGCCUCACAGUUGGCAGUUUCUCCUUCAAAAACCGGCGUGCGCUGGCCCACACAGUCGUACGCAGUGCACUUCAGGCCGCCUACCACAAUUGCCGUCGAGACAUCUUUGUGGCCUCCUCAUUUGAUGCGGCUGAGGGGGUGCCUGUGUACAGCGACACCAUCGCGGGGGCGUUUCUCUGCAACACCGUCAAUUCCGCCGACCCAGUGCUUUACGCGUCGGUCCUGUCAAGCUUCGUUGCUUACGGUGUGGACUUCGCUGCGCCGCGUCACAGUGCGGGUGAACACGCGGCCGCGAGCAACCAGGCGACGCCACCGCUUCCUUUGCUAGACACCGCGCUCUACUGCCUGCAUGAGACAGCAAAGACGAUUUGUGCGCGGCCUGCGGCGCCACUUGAGGAAAAUAUUACUGAGCAUAAUGAAAACGGCGACCCCGCACCAAAGCAAGAUCAAGGCAGUUUCCAGAAUGGUUUUCUUACGCUGGUGAAUAGUUACACGUUGUGUUCGCUUCUGAGGUUCUUUGCCGAGGAGGAGGAGGAGGGGGGGGAGGUGGUGGUGGAAGCAAAAUGGAAUGAGGCGAAGCCAAGCGCUGGGGGAAGGAAGCGUGACGCAGCCGACUCCUCACUUCGAGAGGCGCCCUUGCGUUACACCACAGCAGUUCUUUACCAGUUGUUUAGUAUGAAACUUGGUCCACGUGCGCUAGAGGGCGCAUUGCCAUCCUUGUCAGCAUCAUCUUCGGUGCCAAUGUCAUCUAUUAGCUCGUUUUUCGCCUUACUGUUUAAACGGGUGAUCGAUUAUUGCUCCUUCGCCGGUGUGAGGUGGAACCUCUACUAUGAGGUGGGAGUGGAAGCGGCGCAGAAGGCGCUUGCCUACGCCCCGCCCUUGCUGCGAGAGACGGCAGCGCUACUCGUGUCCUAUUGCCGCCAAUUCCCUCCGCUGUAUCAGUCGGUUCUGAAGCAGGUGGGGGCGGAGGCUCACUUUAUCCUGGAUCAGCUGGUGCACUCGAAGUUGUUUCACUUUCCAUCGAGCUCCCACGAGGAGAUGGAGAUGGAACGUUACGUGUUCUAUGAUAAAAAAAGCAGGACGACGACGACGAACGACGACGGCGGCGACGGCAAUGCACCACGAGGCGGCAGCCAAGCGUGA